AUGAGCUUAAGAAAACUUGCUGUAACGAUCCGAAAUUGUAGUUACAUUGGUGAUCUCAGUCAAAAUUACAAAACAGAAGAUGCACUGCGUAUAUACUCCCAACAAACCAUUGUUUAUGAGGGUCUCAACCACGCCCUCCGUUCUCGAAAGUUGGAUAUUUUACUGCAUUAUCGUGGUUUUAUUGCAGAUAUGUAUCAAGGUAUACAGACACUCCGUAGAGAACAGCAGCAUCAACAUACGGAUGUCACGUCUACGUUCUACUACCGAGGCCAACGUAUGCAUGUCGAAGAACUUGAGCUGGUUCGUCAAAACAAAUAUUUGUCAAUUAACACAUUUUUCUCAACGAGUACUAAUCCUGAAGUUGCAGAGCUUUUCAUGCCUCCACUUGAUCAAAAUGUAGUGCAGUCUGUUCUGUUCAAAUUGCACGUCAAUACUGCAAAUGAAAUACAACCAUUUGCUGAUAUAAAAACUUGCUCUAACGUUCCUGACGAAGAUGAGACAUUAUUUAUUCCUGGCACUAUAUUCUUAAUCAGUAAGGUAACAGAGCCAUCAAAUGGAGUAGAGACUCAUACGUCGCCAAAAUAUUGGAUUAUCGAUCUAGAGCUUUGCAAUACUCAUCCGAGAGAGUUGAAUACUACUUUUGAGUAUUUUAGCCAAUCGAAUAACCUGUCAACUCUUGCAAAACUCGGUGGUUUUAGUCGACACAUAGGCAAAUAUGAUAUAGCACAUAGAUGUUAUGAGACUUUGCUUGUGGAAACUGGCAAAAAUUGCAUAGAUAGUAUAUUUGUAAUGGCUUAA